GAGGGAAAUAUUAUUAUUCGAGCGUGCCACGCCGUGUCGUGGUUGUGUUUUGUGUUUGACGUUUAAAAAUAAUUCGUACGGCCCACUGUCGUCAUUAAAUACGAUAACCAUUUUUUACAAUUUAUUAAAUAAAAAAUCUUUAAAAUAAUAAUAUCGUAACAAACAUUGACGUGAAAUUUUCUGUGGACAUUUGCGAAAGUGGUGUGCAAAAAUUUAAAAUUUACGGAAUUAUGACUGUUUAUCUUCAUGUGCUGUGAACAGAAAAUCGAUUAAAAUUCAAAAUGUCGCUGAAGAAGGAGUCCCGAACUGACGUUCAGUUCCACCUGGCGGCGCUGCGCGGAGACUGCGCGCGACUGAGACAGCUGCUCGACACGGGAAAGGUGCACAUCGACUCUAGGGAUAGGGAUGGAACAACCCCGCUGAUCCUGUCGGCGGCGAUGGGCCACGCCGACUGCGUGCAAGAACUGCUAGCUCAGGGCGCCGACCCCGCCUGCUGCAGAACGACAGGAACGAGCGCGCUGUUCUUCGCGGCGCAGGGGGGGUUCCUGGAUGUGGCGCAGUUGCUGCUCGACGCCGGCGCAGCCAUCGACGCGCCCAGUACCGAUGGCGGUACCCCUCUAUUUGUCGCGUGUCAAUGUGGUCACCUGCCUGUGGUCGAGGAACUAAUACGAAGAGGAGCCGAUGUAAAUGCGUGUAUGAAGGACAAGGCCGCCCCGCUGUUCAUAGCGGCGCAGAACGGGCACGAGGAGGUGUGCGCGGCGCUGCUGGCGGCGGGCGCCCGCGUGGACGGCGCCCGCGCAGACCGCGCCACGCCGCUGUGGAUCGCGGCGCAGUGCGGACACGACCACGUCGUGCGGGCGCUGCUGGCCGCCGGGGCGCACGUCGACCAGCUGCGGCAGGAUGGAGCGACGCCACUUUUUAAAGCAGCGCACAAGGGCCACUCAGCGGUAGUGGUCGAGCUCCUCAAAUACAAACCUAAUUUAGGGCUUUUACCUAACGGACAAUCUGCGCUCCACGGGGCGGCCAUGUUCGGGCAGCUAUCGUGCGUGAAGCUGCUGGCCGCACGGUCGCCCCCGCGCCUGCGCAACGCGGCCGGCCUCACGGCGCUGCAGGCCGCCGCCGCCGCCAGGAAGGCCGACGUCGUGGCCUACCUCAAGCGGCUGGGGCACACGUGAUGCCUCGGCCAUGGGGGGACACCACCACGUGCGACUGACUUAGGUUAUGUUUUAAGGUAAAAGUAGAGACGAGAAGACGGCAUUGAAUAAAUACUGCACACAGAGCCAGGUAAGGAACAAACAAAUCGUGCCUCUGGAUUUUGUUUUAUACCGCAAACCAAAUCCUACGCAUCUUGCCUCGUCCGCUUAUUUGGCUCUGUGAGCAUCAAGCUUAGGCUUCGGCACACCAAAAGCAAGUCAGAAACGUUUUGUAAUACAAGAAAUUAUAUGAACUCCGUCACACCAAAUUUGAACUCACGUCCGCGCUUAAACUACGACGAACUGCUCCGCGGUGUGGCAGUUUCACAUCGACCCCAUUCGUCGUAAAGUUACUUGUACAACACACGCGGAGCCACAAACCUGCUCUUGGUGUGCCUAAAUUGUGGUAUGCGACAGUUUACUUAGUUAGUACAUAAAACGGAAGAUAUACAGAACAAUAUCACGCUGCUCCACUGUAUAAUCGUUAGAGGAUAAACGACCAGUCAAUUUUGAACAGUUCCUUUCAUCUGAUGAUAAGAUUUUACCGAUCCCGCGCCUUCUCGAUAUGGUUUUUGGUAAGAGAAAAGGCGUAGUACACGGUUUUUACGUUAAAAAUACACAAAUAACAUAGCAUAAGCUACAUCCAUUAUCGCAAGAUGAACUAAGUACCCUAACCUCACCGAGUUCUCUGUUAGACCAACGUGAUAGGUGAGCCGUAUCGCCGUCAAUCCUUAUACAUAUUGGUCGCGCCAACUCUGUUUAGAGAAUAAAAAGUACACCAAUACAGUUCAUCCGAAUAUUAAAUCCGUUUUCGCUUAACAGUGAUAAGUAAAAAAUAAUCCAGUAAUUUAUAAUUAUAUAAGAAUAAAACAUUACUCAUAUAAUAUUGUCACUACAUACUUCAUAAAACUAGAAAUAAAUUACUUUUAUACUUACAAUGGAGGUGAACUAAUAAUAGAGGUAUUUUAAACUGUUUUAAUCUUAAAUAUUUUUGUAUGGAAGAGUAGUCCAAACUGAUUUUAAAAGAAGUUCACUAUUUUAAAUGAAGUUGUAUAAUGUAAAUAACCAUACACUUCACGAACUGAAGAAGAAAAUAAGUUAUAAAACUCAUAGAAACACUAUAUAUAUGGGUUUCUAACUUAGCUGUGCGUUUAUUAGAAUAAAAGCAUUUAAUUAUCUUACAAUUAUGUAUUCAUCUGGGGUCAAUCUCGUAUCCCAAAAUAUGCUAAACAUAACAAUAAUAAAGUCACUAUUUUGCUGAUGAAAUGUCAAUCAUAAUCGUAUCAAAAUAGAGCUUUAUCCACGCCUUACGCAAAUACCUCACACGUAGACAUAAUUACGUACUGGCCGGUCACUGUAUGGCAGGAGCAGGAGCUGAACGAGACGAACAGAGUUCAAUAUUAUCACACGUAUACUAAAUUAUACCGAAUAUUCGGCGCAUCUGUAGUUAGAAUGUUUUGUAUUGGA